AUGUCAACGAUCGGCUCAUAUCGCACCAACAAUAAUGAGACGGACGGACACGCGCGCAGACACACGCACAGACGCGCACAGACGCGCGCACAGACGCGCGCACAGACGCGCACACAGACGCGCACACAGACGCGCACACAGACGCGCACACAGACGCGCACACAGACGCGCACACAGACGCGCACACAGACGCGCACACAGACGCGCACACAGACGCGCACACAGACGCGCACACAGACGCGCACACAGACGCGCACACAGACGCGCACACAGACGCGCACACAGACGCGCACACAGACGCGCACACAGACGCGCACACAGACGCGCACACAGACGCGCACACAGACGCGCACACAGACGCGCACACAGACGCGCACACAGACGCGCACACAGACGCGCACACAGACGCGCACACAGACGCGCACACAGACGCGCACACAGACGCGCACACAGACGCGCACACAGACGCGCACACAGACGCGCACACAGACACGGUAA